UUGACGCCCUCUCAUCAAAAUAGUCUCCCCUGGCGAUUUGAGCUAUUUGCUCUAACUGCUGGGCGAUCUGGAACCCUACCCAUCUGCCCACAACCCCAGACUUUUCUCCCUGCUGUGUUGAUUCCAAAAAUCUUUCCUCCUCCCUCCCUUCUUCAUCAACUUGACUUGCCAGCCUUCAGCGGGAAAACACCAAGACACACAUCACAUCUCCAUCCCCAUCUUCUACCACCUCGCAGACUUUGAUAUAGCUCUCCUUCCAUAAUCUCCGCUCUCGUCUCGCUCCGUUCGUCUCCAGGUAAUCUCGUUGUUCGGUCUGUCCCCCCGUUCAAGCCCCCGGCAGUUUCUCAAGACCCGUCAGCGACUCGAGGAGCACGGCAGAGCCCUCUGACCACAUACCCGGCCCCGACCCUCCCACAGCCUCUUCCAGAAGACGCGUCGCCCCUCGGCAUCCCCUCAUCCACGCGUAAUUUACAAUAAAGAUGCCAGUGAUUACCGCCCCGACGCCCGCCGCCGAGCAGGGCGUUGCCCUCUGGGCGCCAGAGAUGACGGCGUCUUCGGCCGGCGGCGGUGCCGCCCCCGACCCAACCGAGGGCCCCCACCCCGUCAAGUACCUCGCCCGGCGCCGCGGCGCCGAGGGCCCCUGGGUCAACGGGAAAACGUGCGGCUGGAGAGCCGGCGUCUCGUCUCUCCCCUGGACGUGCGGUGGUAAGGCCCACUGCGCCACCGACUCGCACCACGUCGUGGCCUGCGUCGAGGGCACCCUCUCGCCUUUUUUCUCUGUCUGUCUGGACCACGCCGCAUCAGAGGCUGGCUCGUGCGCGCGCCUCGGCACAUCGACUGGUUGCUGCACCGACGCAGAGCACGGAUUCUGCCGCACGUUCGUGUGGACGGGCGAGCCGGUCCGCUCCAUGUACGGCUGCUUCCGCAGCGCGGACGUGGUGACGCUGCUCGACGUGCCGCAGUUCGUGCUCGACGCAUCGUCCUCCGCCGCCCCCUCCAGCACCUUGACCCGGCCCAACUACGGGUUCACGGGCGGCCACGCCAGAGCAGUGCCCGAGUCGGACCUUCUGGUGACCGUCGGGGGCGUCAUGUUGGGCCUCAUUUGCCUCUGCGUUGUCACUGUAGUCUGCGUACUCUGUAUUCGGCGCCGCCAGGCCGCCCCCAACGCUGCCCAGGCCCCCGUCACCAACGGCGCCCCCGUCGCCCCGGCCCCAGCCCCGCAGGCCCCCGUCCAGAACGCCCCCCCCGCCGCCCCGGCCCCAGCCCCGCAGGCCCCGCAGGCCCCUCAGGCCCCCGGCCACCACGCCGCUACUACUGCCCACGUCUCCCACGGGCCCGCCGCCGGCCCUCCGCCCCAGGCACCCCAGCACGAGGCGGCCGCAGCGGCGCCGGAGGCCGUCGAGCUCCAGGAGCUGACGUCAGAAGGCACCGCCGUGGGUCCUGCCAGCGGCGACGACGGCCACGCCAAAGACAACGAAACUUCUCGCGACGCUAAGUAAGCGCGGGACAAACGGGGCGGUCCGCUCGCGGUGGGCAGAAGGAGUUUCUUAUUUUUUUUCUUUUUUUUUUUUUCCUCGCGUGUGCAUUCGACGACGAUGACGCGACUCGCUGCUUUCCGAACCGCGGUGCUGAGGAAGCA